AGAGGAGUACGCUACCGUUAAGGUAAUAUUGGUUUCAUUUUUCUUGUAAUCUCCCUUCUCUCGAUCUCUUCACGUUUUAGUCAAACUGGUUUGGUUUGUUUCAGUACCGUUAGUUGUAAAUAAACGCGUCACUUAUGCUAGCUACAGUUCGUACCAGGAAAGGGCGAAAGAAGCUAUAGAGAACUGUGUGAUUCUCCCAGAGGAACAAGUCUAUAAAGCUGCAAAAAAGAUUUUAGAAGAAAACUUUGAUCUAUGUAAUGUGAUCAAAAGAUCGUUAAUCAACCAAGUCGUCAAAGGGUCGUCAAAAAGCUCAAAUGAUCUGCGCAAAAGAUUGUCAUGCGCCUUCCAGUACACAUGCAAGCCAAGUGGGCGGUAGAAUCUGGGAAGUUCAUCGAGGUGAGCGGAAUGUGAAGGAAAUGUACCUCGGCUGGUUCCGGAAAUCUCACCCGCUGUUCACUUCAAAAUCUGAUACCAACAGGGACUCGGAUGGCGAUAUUGUUCACCCACUUCCACGAGUAAAGCGAAUGUUGUAUCAGAAACCAUUUGUCUGCCGCAUGUGGUACAGAGACGUGGAGGAAGGAGGUGGAGUAAAAGCUAUCAACCAUGCCCAUCGACGAUACCUAUGAAAGCUUAAGCUGAAACAGGGUCUCUCAGGGGCCUUGAAUGCAAGAUGAGGAAGGCAUACUUUCUACUGGCACAGAAAGACCAUCCGGACGGUAGGGUAAUUAAAUAUCUGGUUACUAUCUUGCCUACAGAGCCCUUUUGCUUUUACUAAAAGAGACUUUUGUCUUUUUUUGGUUAACAGAGCCUUUUGACUUUGGCUAACAGAGUUCUUUUACUUUGGCUAUAAGAGCCCUUUCACUUUGACUUAAAUAGCACUUUUCCGCUGUCUACAAUAGCCUUCUUACUCCAACUAAAAUAUUAAUUUUUUCGUAUUGACCAUAAGAGCCCUUUUACUUUGACUAUAACAUCCCUUUCACUAUGGCUAUAAGAGCCUUUUAACUUUAGCUAUAACAGCCUAUUUUUACAUUGACUAAAGGAGUCUUCUUAUUUGAGCUAUAAUAGAUUUUUUACUUUAAUAAUAAGAGCCUUUUACCUUGACUAUGGGCCCUUAGGGCCACUUUAACUUUAGAUAUAAAAGCCUUUUUAAUUUUGCAUAAGAUCCAUUUUUCUUUGGCUAUAAUAGCCUUUUUACAUUGACUAUAAGAGCCUUUUUAACUAUAAAAGCCUAUCUUUAAUUUAAGAGCCCUUUUACUUUGGCUAUAAUGUCUCUAUUACUUUAACUAUAAGACCGUUUUUACUUUGGUUUCAGUGCCCUCUUACUUUUACUAUAAAAGCUUCUUUACUUUAACAAAAAGAGCCACAACAAAAAGAGCUACAAGAAUAUUUUUACUUUUACCAUAAGAGCCAUUUUAAUUUGGCUAAAAGAGCCUUUUUACUUUUGUUACCUAAGAUCCCUUUUACUUUGAUUAAAAGCCUAUUUUCCUUUUUAUUAUAAGAAACCUUUUUAGCUUAACAUUGGCUAUAAGAACCCUUUUACUUUUCUACUAAACGAGCCCUUUUACUUUGGGUAUAAGGACUUUUUUUUACUUUUUGACUAUAACAAUCUUUUUUUACUUUUUGAGUAUAAGAGCCUUUUUAUACUUUUUUAUACUAUAAGAGCCCUUUUUUACUAUGAGAGCCAAUUUUCGUUUUUUUAUUUAAAGAGCCCAUUUACUAACUGCCUAUAAGAGCUCUUUUAAUUUAACAAUAACAGCCUUUUAACUUUUGUACUAUAAGUUUUCUUUUAUUUUAGCUAUAAGAUCCCCUUCACUUUAAUAUAAGAGCAUUUAUACUUUUACUAUAAGAACCAUCUUACUUUACAAGAGGAUCAGCGAUAAAGAAGAGAAGAGAAAGAAAAGGUAAAGCAGCAAAGAAGAGAAGAGAAAUAAGAAGCGGAACGGGAAAUAAGGGAACAGAAGGGAAUGUUUAGGUGGAACGAAAGAGAAGAGAAUAAAGAAACGGAACAAAAAGAGAAGAGAAUGAAGAGGCGGAAUGGCAAAGAAGGGAAAAGAAGGGAGAUAUAGACCAGAAAAAAAAGAGACGAGAAGAGAUUAUCAGAUAAUUUUUACUUUCACUGUAAGAGCCCUUUUAGUUUUACUAUCAGAACGUUUUUGCUUUGAAAGAAGAGGUUGAGCGGUAAGAAGACAAAGAAAGAAGAGGUAACGUAGAAAAGAAUACAAAAGAAAGAAGGAGCGGAACGGAAAAGGAGGGAAUAGAAUGAAGAGGCAGAAAGGAAAAAUAAAGAGAAUAAAUAGACUGAAGUGAAAACAAGAGAAGAACAGAAACACAAGGAAC